AUAUCAUCAGUCAAGUCUAGAUUACAUUCCCGUCCAGGAUCUUAGGCGACAACUUUGACAAGCCGGCUAAAACUGAAGUCUUUGAACUCAAGUCUUGCGAUCGAUGAAUAAUGUCAUCAGUUGUGAAUAGCGUCGCUCAUGCUACGGCCAGUCGGGUGUUUUAUCUCACAGUUUUCCGACGGAACACAAGUCGACGCAAAGCUGACUAUCAAUUGGUCAAAUAUUUGCUAUUUACUCCCCGAAUUAACCAAAAGUAUUUGACUAGAAGCCUCUUUUUCUGAGCUGUUUGGUGCAUUGGGCUUCUUUCCAGCCAUUUAAAUGGGCCCGUACAAUUUGGUGUGAGUGAGUGAGUGAGUGAGUGGGACGUUUCCGUGUCGUAGCAGUCAAAGUUUCAAAGUGAAGAACCCAUUCAAGUAUUCAACGAGGCUUUGAGCACCAGACGGAAGCGCGACGAAGGAGACCCUUUUUUAGUGGUUUGCAAAUGCAUUCAACAGUUGGGUGUUCGUGGACGAACACGCAGUCGUGAUCCAGUCCUCAAGAGAGCAAACCCGUAAAAAAAGCAUUGACAGAGUUGCAAUUCACGGAACAAGAUAUCGAACAACUUUUCAUUGCCGGUGUCGUCAGUCAGUGGUGGUGACAAAAUUCAAGCCGCGACAAAAUGCCCAUUUGACUCAGAAUGGAUCGCAUCAUAGGUUGGCCAUCGUAUUGGCUCCUAUCAUGGGUCAUUUUUAUUCUUAUGCAAGAGACUGGCAGCGAGUUCCGGACUUGGAAAUAUGACAGACAGCCCAACAUAUCUCACAGACAGAUGUCGUUAUCUCAAAUUCGAACGGAUCGACCUCAGAUCCAGAGACUCAUCGUCCGUAUUCACAACCAUUUUCGAUCAAGAGUGGAUCCGACAGCCUCUAAUAUGUUGGAAAUGAGUUGGGACGAUGAAGCCGCUCAAGAUGCGGAGCGAUGGUCCAACGAAUGUUUAGUGCUUCAGCACGACAACACAACCGGUCGAUGGGUGGACAAAUUUGGAUCUUGUGGUCAGAACAUUUUCAUUUCGUCAGAAUUGGUACCUUGGCUAUUCGCCGUGGAAACUUGGUGGUUGGAAAAAGACCUUUUCCAAUAUGGAAACGAUUCUAAUAACCUUCAUGCAAUUGGCCAUUACACUCAAUUGGUGUGGGCCAGCACUCAUCGUGUUGGUUGUGGUGUGAAUCAAUGUACCAUGGUGGAAAAAGAUAAAAAUGGAAAAGUUCUCACUAGAAAUAAGAAAUACUUCCUCUAUGUUUGCAACUAUUGUCCAAUAGGAAAUUUCAUGGACCGUCUCGGAUUGCCUUACCAGAAAGGCACUCCUUGUUCCAGUUGCAAGUCCCACUGUAAUAAUCUCAACAAUCAUAUGGGGAGAGCGAAGAGCUUGGAAACCGAUAUGAGGAACAAGAAUAUUAGGCAUGGUCGUGGGGCCAAAUCUUUCCACCGUGUUGGACAAACCAAAGCGUCAAAGGCUAAGUACAACAUGAGAAAGAACCGUAGAUCGAGCUCGUGGAGACGGCAUCGUCGAAGAAGAGGCCGGUCAAGCUCUGGAAACCGAAUUUUAAGAGGCCGAUUUAAGUCCAAAAAAUCCCGGGUUCGUCGGAGAAGACAUAAAAAAUAUGCGAGUAAGCAUCGCUCUCCCAUUGCCAUUCCAAGACACGAGGAGCAUCCUCCCUUUUCGAGCGUGACUGGAAAAAAAUCGGAUUCUGAAUCUCCCCAAGGCUUGUGUACCAACUCAUGUCCAGUAGCAGACCAAUGGGUGAAUUGCCGAGAGCUAGCGAAGGCCUGGCGAGUUUGGCUCUGUCACGAGAAGGGCACUAAAAAAGGUCAAGAAAGAUGGGCAAAUUGUAAAGCCACGUGUAUUUGUCAUGGAAAGAUAACCAAUUAGAUACGUUGUUAAUCAUGACAAGGGUUUGCUUAAAUCAGAGAAUAAACAGAUAAGUGGUUUCAGGA